CUUUCGCGCACGCGGCGGGCGGCUCCCCCCUGUACGGGCCGCUUGGUACAUCCGCCGGACCGUACCAUCCGCCGCCCCCGGACCGAACCAUCCGCCGCCCGCGUCCCCCGCUGGGAGCGCGGCCCGAGCUGGCGGCGGCGCGGGACGAUGCACUUCUCCGUCCCCGAGACCGAGAGCCGCGGCGGGGAGGGCGGCGCCGCCGCCUACGUGGUGAGGGGGCCCGUCCGGGCCUACAACGUCCACGUGAACGGCGUGCUGCACUGCCGAGUGCGCUACCGGCAGCUGCUGGGCCUGCAUGAACAGCUAAGGAAAGAGUAUGGGGCCAAUGUGGUGCCCGCCUUUCCUCCAAAGAAGAUCUUCACCCUCACCCCGGCGGAGGUGGAGCAGAGACGAGAGCAGCUGGAGAAAUACAUGCAGGCCGUGCGGCAGGACCCGGUGCUGGGAGGCAGCGAGACCUUCAACAGCUUCCUGCGCAAGGCGCAGCAGGAGACGCAGCAGAUCCCCACUGAGGAGGUGCAGCUGGAGGUGCUGCUCUCCAACGGCCAGAAGGUCACGGUCACCAUCCUGACCUCAGACCAGACGGAGGACGUCCUGGAGGCCGUCGCCUCCAAGCUGGAUCUGCCUGAGGACCUAGUUGGCUACUUCAGCCUCUUCCUGGCAAGAGAAGCCAAGGACGGAGCCUUUUCCUUCAUGAGGAAGCUGCAGGAGUUCGAGCUGCCGUACGUGUCUGUCACCAGCCUCCACAACCCCGAGUACAAGAUCAUCCUGCGCAAGAGUUACUGGGAUUCUUCCUAUGACGACGACGUCAUGGAGCAGCGGGUGGGGCUGAACUUGCUGUAUGCGCAGACGGUGUCAGACAUAGAACGUGGCUGGAUCCUCGUCACCAAGGAGCAGCACCGGCAGCUCAAGUCCCUGCAGGAGAAGGUCUCCAAGAAGGAGUUCAUCCGCCUGGCGCAGACCCUGAAGUACUACGGCUAUCUCAAGUUCGAGCCCUGCGUCACCGACUUCCCCGAGAAGGGCUGCCAGGUCAUCGUCAGCGCCGGCAACAGCGAGCUGAACUUCCAGGUGCGGCUGCCCAGCGAGCAGAUCAAAGAGGGCAGCUUCAAGGUGACGCGCAUGCGGUGCUGGCGGGUCACGUCCUCGGUUCCCACGAGCAGCGGGCCGCCGGGGAGCAGCCCGGGGAAAGCGGAAGUGAAGCUGGAGCUGGCCUUCGAGUACCUGAUGAGCAAGGACCGGCUGCAGUGGGUGACCAUCACCAGCCCCCAGGCCAUCAUGCUGAGCAUCUGCCUGCAGUCCAUGGUGGAUGAGCUGAUGGUGAAGAAGUCUGGCGGCAGCAUCCGCAAGAUGUUCCGCAGGCGAGCCAAUGGGGCCCUGCGGCGCUCGGACAGCCAGCAAGCUGUGAAGUCCCCGCCCCUGCUGGACUCGCCCGAUGCCAGCAGGGAGCCCAUGCUCAAACUCUCGAGCAAGCUCACCUCCGUCAGCCUGCGGGGCGUCAGCCACUCCGGCUCCACCAGCGACCUGGGCACGGACGACUUCCACGGCAACUACGCCUUCGAGGGGAUUGGCGACGAGGACCUGUAGCCCGCUCCGGCCACGCACGGCCACUGCGGCUCUGGGGAACGACCCGUGUGCCUCGGCUGGGUCCCCAUCUGCCUGCCCUGCCCCGCUUCAGCCCCCUCCACCUGCCAUUGCCUUGGGGGGAGCCACCUCCCAG